AUGACCGAUCGUCGGUCAGUUGCAGUUAUAGACGGCUUGCUGAAAAUAAUGCCGAAAAUGCUGAACCGCAGUGACAAAAAAUGUGUCGAUCCUUUCACGACAACCAUGGCUGCUCCUCUUACCCUACAAACCAUGGUACUAAUAGCAUAUACAUUUAUCAUAUUUCAUUGGUCUGUCUUGAAAUUGGGUCUCAUAGUUCAUAUACUCAGUACACAAGCAGCAGGACAUAUAGUUCACUCCAUCUUGAGUCAUGACAAAAGACAGCAGCAAGAAAAGUAUGGUAAUAUUGUUAUCCAGACGAAUUGUCAGACUUGCCAAUUUAGAAUAAAUUUGGGCAAUCGUCAGAUUAGGCGUGGUGAUAUUUUCUAA